GCCUACCACCUCCUCGUGACGCAGCGAGACCCCGCCCGCUCCCUCCCAGUCUCUGUUGCUCCCUCUUCCCCUGUGCGAGGCUGCGGCGGGUCAGUGUCGGAGCGUCCUCAUUGCCGGAGCCUUGCCACCCAGCAGCGCCCACAGCACCGCGGCUCACCCCCGUCAUUUACACAGCAGCGACCGGAGGCACCGAGCGGAGAACAUGGGAAAUGAAGCAAGCUACCCGUUGGAAAUGUGCUCACAUUUUGAUGCAGAUGAGAUCAAAAGACUAGGAAAAAGGUUUAAAAAGCUGGAUUUGGACAACUCUGGAUCUCUAAGUGUAGAGGAAUUCAUGUCCUUACCUGAGCUGCAACAGAACCCCCUUGUGCAGCGAGUAAUAGACAUAUUCGAUACCGAUGGGAAUGGAGAGGUAGACUUUAAAGAGUUUAUUGAAGGAGUGUCGCAGUUCAGUGUAAAGGGGGACAAAGAACAGAAACUGAGAUUUGCUUUCCGUAUAUAUGACAUGGACAAGGAUGGCUAUAUCUCCAAUGGCGAGCUUUUUCAAGUGUUGAAGAUGAUGGUCGGAAACAAUCUCAAGGACACUCAGCUACAGCAAAUAGUAGACAAAACGAUUAUCAAUGCAGAUAAAGAUGGCGAUGGAAGAAUAUCUUUUGAAGAGUUCUGUGCUGUCGUAGGAGGUUUAGAUAUCCACAAAAAGAUGGUGGUUGAUGUGUGACUCUUCAAAGCAUCACCCAACACUUUUGCUUUCUCCUCCAUCUCUGAAGAUCUGCUCAAGACGUCCAGCAACGCUCUCUUGUGUAUUUUAAAUGGAAGUAUUUUUCUCUGUGAAGCCACAUUUUCCAACAUGAGCCUCAUGAAGCCAACUUUAAGUGUUAUUGAACAUUUUAUUCUCUCAAUAACUGUGUAGCACUUUAAGGUCUGAAGGACAGCGAGAUGGGGAAGAGCGUUAUCAGUGUGAUGGAGAAAAAGAAGGGAGUUGGCUUUUUUUAAUUUAUUUUUUUUUCAUCUUUUAUAACGAGGAAUAUAUAUAUAUAGCUUUCUAUGUAGAAAUUAGAUUGGCUUAAACGUCAUUUACUUGAGUGAAAUCGAAACUAGAGUAAAGAGUGCCAAGCAGAACAUAAGCCGUUCAAUACAUGAAAAUAAAUCCUUACUUUUAUUUCACACAGUAUGUAUAUGUGUGCAUGUGUAUGCAAUGUGUGUGCGUUAAUCUAGGUCUCAAUAAAGCAAUGCGGAUAUAGAAGAAUGUAUAUUUGCGACUGGGUGUCUGGCAGGUGUGCUGCUUGUGGUGUUUUUAUUUUUCUCUCUUGGAUUUUGUACAUUAUCUGCUUAGAUUAACGGGAAGCAACAGCGUUGAUCACUUUACAUGUCUUACAUGUGUUUUUUUUUUUACGCGGGAAAUUUGUAUGUUUAAUUUAUACAUGUUAAUAUAUUACCAGGGACUGUGUCUCUUUCUUUUUGAAAUGUAGUUGAAUGUUACUGCCAAGUGGGGGGGGGGGGGGAAUCCUUUUUAAUGCAAAUAGCAACUGCACAACCUCUUCUGCUUUAUGUAGUUGAUGAAGCCACUAUACCUUUAUUUUCCAUCAAUGGAGCAGCUGCAAUGGGUAUACUGUACGGGAGGACCCUCUGCCUUUUACAUAAGCAGUGUGACGCAAACUACUGCAGGCAGCAUAACUGGCAACGUUUAAAUAUGCACACACUGUCACUCGCACACACUGUGGGAGGGGAUUUGUAUUUUCCUGGUGAAAUGUUUGUCAUCCUUUUACGUGAAAUGAAAUCAUGUUGUUUUAACCUGUUCAUAUUUACUACAUCAUGUGUGAUAUAAAAGUAGAGACUUUUCUGAAUCUUUUCCACCUCUCCUGUUUCUGCUCGGGUACUAUUGGCUGGAAGAUAUAUAUAUAAAUGCAUUUGGAGAAAUUUUUUUAAGCAUAUCCAUGGUGUUUUUAUUUUCUUUUUUGUGUGUUUUUUUUUUUUAAUAUAUAUUGAUAUUAGUAACGGGCUAGUGAAUGAUUGCAAAAAAAUAAAUAAAUAACAAUAGAAACAACUUGCCUGCCAUAGCUGUUCCUUCAACUGAGUUGCUGCACAUUAGGGGCUCUGUUUGUGCGAGAGAAAUCGAGGUGCUUGAUGUCCUUGCAUGACAUGGAGUUUUGCAUGUAGAUCGAUUUUAAAAUGUUCCUCUUGUUUACAUAAUUUGCAUUAUAUAUACAGUAAAUAUAUAUAUAUAUUAAAAUAAAAUAAAAUGUUGCCAAACUUUGGUACAUGUUGAUGUUCAAAUAGAUAAUAAAAAAAAAAAUCUCCACUUCAUGUUACUUUUUUCCUCUGGAUCAGUUCCGUGGUUCGUUGUCCCAGCCAGUGGUCUUCUGUCCAGUGUUAGCUGCCAUGCGCUCUGCUUCAAGAGGGAUUUAGUCUAUUGUGAAUUUAAUCUUUUUUUUUUUUUUUAUUAUUUUUGUUUGUACAUAAAUUGUGUUAUAACCUUUUUAGCAGACGCAUCCUAUUUCUUAUGCUUGUGCAUAUCUUGGCUGAACAUAAAAUAGCAAUCAUUUUCCUUUUAUUGGAGAUUUUUUUUUUUUUUUUUUCCUUUUUAAUUUUUUUUUUUUUUAUGGUUUGUGUGGGGAAAUGGUUAAUGUUGAAAGUAAAUUUUUCUUUCUUCUGCAUGCUAUAUAACUUGUAGGAACUGUAGAAUCCUUCAUACUGUAUGAAUAAAAAAAAUGGAACUUGUUA